AUGGCAAUCCUUUCGACGCUCCAGUCAAGGAAAUCCUUGCCUCUCGAUGAAAAAUGGCUCCUUGUGCCAGCCUUCCUGAAGGUACUGGCCUUUGAUGAACUUGAGAGUUCGUUCAUAUUGUUUCCACAAGCGUUCCGCGGUCUCUGUAAAAGGCUAGCACAUCGUGUAACGAAGAAAUCACAGACGAUAAUGUCGGCUAACAAAGGAGCACCAGUUGAUGCCAAUCCGAAUUUCUAUCUCAAAGUUAUGCCGUCUUUCUUUUGCUUUUUGAAUUCUCUUUACUCAUUUACUCAGGAUUACUGUACUGAACACAAGCGUGGACUAUUGCAGAUUCACGACAAGAUCACACCGCAAGAAUGUAGACUGAGGGACAUGACAUAUGCUGCUCCGAUUAAUGUCGACGUCGAGUACACUCGUGGUAAUCAAAGGGUUAUCAAGCGCGAUCUGACAAUUGGACGUAUGCCAAUAAUGCUCAGAUCCAGCAAAUGUAUUCUUAAAGACUUGGCCGAGGAAGAGUUAGCACGUGUACAGGAAUGCCCGUACGAUCCGGGAGGUUAUUUUAUCGUCAAGGGAUCAGAGAAAGUCAUUCUCAUCCAAGAGCAGCUGUCGAAAAACAGAAUAAUGAUAGGACGGAAUUCGAACAAAGAUCUUCAAUGUGAAGUUCUUUCAUCUACUGCUGAGAAAAAGAGUAAAACCUACGUGAUUGCUCGCCGAAACAGAUAUUGGUUACGUCAUAAUCAGCUAAACGACGAUAUCCCGGUAGCGAUUGUGUUCAAGGCUAUGGGCGUGGAAUCUGACUAUAAUAUUAUUAGUGCCAUUGGUCUGGAGGAGAAGUAUGUUACGGCUUUUUCUGCUUCUUUGGACGAAUGUGCUUCUAACCACAUUUACACUCAACAGCAGGCGAUCAACUAUAUAACUUCAAAGAUCAAAGUCCGCAAGUUUGGGAGUCCAUAUGGUGGUGGGAGUACGGCGUCUGCUGGUAUUCCACUUCCUAAAGAGCAUGAGGCAGUUGAUUUCCUUUCAAGCUCUAUGAUCUGUCAUAUUCCUUGCCACGACGGUAAUUUCAAAAUGAAGGCGAUAUUCUUGGGUCUGAUGACGCGAAGGUUGAUUCAAGCCGAGUUGGGUGAAUGCGAUCUGGAUGAUCGCGAUUUUUACGGAAAUAAGCGUCUCGAAUUGGCUGGGUCUUUGUUAUCACUACUGUUCGAAGACGUUUUGAAACGCUUCAACACCGAGCUGAAAAGAGUAGCAGACAACUCAUUAGGGAAAACCUUGGCUGCUCCACUUGAUAUAGUGAAACAUAUGCGUCAGGUCUGUCUUUCAUCUUUGUAUGGCCGCGUUCAUACUUUUCGAAUUUGA